GGUAGUCUCUUCGAACUACCUAUACCUAAUUUUCAACUCAAGCAUCCGUUCUAUAGCCCACCAAAGUCCCAAAUCAACACAAAGAGCAACCCAGAGGAGAAUAGGAGAAUAAAAAAGAGAGAGAGAAAAUGCAAAAACACAGCAAAAUCCACGAAACCUCCUUCCCCAACAACUCCUCCCCCUCCAUCAUCCGCUCCAGAAUCUCCCAGUCCACACUCUCCAACCUCACCCCAACAGACUACAUAAAGCACAGCGCCAUCACUGCCUCAACUCUAACCCGGGACAGCAUCUCGGUUUCGGUCCCGAUGCACCUGAAGCGGAGCGAGGUGUCGCGCUCCACAAUCGAGAACGCAUGCGCGCGACGCUCCCACAUCGAAGACAGCUCGCUGAAGAAUGUGCGCUCGGCCCAGUUCCUGAAGGCCAAGAACUCCCGGAUCGAGAGCGCGGCGUCGCUGCGCAGGUGUAAGUUGGUGAAUUCGAGCGUUGGCGAGAAAAGUUCGAUUUCGCGGAGCGAGGCGACGGACUCGGUUAUUGUGGGUAGUUCGGUGUCACGGAGUGAUGUUGUAAGGGGGCGUGUGUUUCGGUGUCGAUUGAAGCGGGCAACGCUUAAAGAUUGCGAAGUGACGAAUUGUAUCGUUGUCAACUCGAAAUUUAAAGGUGUGGUGUUGAAGAAUGGAGUGUGGAAGAAUGACAAGUUCGUUGGGAGUUUGGGAGACGACGAGGAGGAGGAGGCUGUUGCUGUUACUGCGGAUGGACAUAAAUUGGAUUUGCCUGUCCAGAAUCACAAUGGGAAGGAUCGCGAUACAUGGACGAGGGAGUUGGCGUCCGAGUCGGAGGCAAGUGACUUCAGUGACAGCGACAAUGAAGAAGAGAGCUACCAGCCAACGAAGAACGAGAAGGCGAAGCAGAUAAGAGAGGAAAAGUAUCACGAUAAUCCUCCUCCAUAUACUCCUUGAAGUUUUUAUACGAUUCCUCGCGUUGUUGUGAAUGUAAAUUUUCUUGGUUAAAAACGUCCCGUACAGAUGCUAGAAUAUAUCCUGUGUAUCG